CUGUAGCCUGCUCUGCAUCCCUGUAGAACUGCUACCAUUUUUUUCUGGGCUCCAGCAUCAUCUCAUGACGCAUCAUACCUUUUUUUUAAGCCGAGCUUCCUCUUUUACAAGGAACUGGCUCACGGUUUUAGUACGUUUGGAUCAGUAGUCUUAACAUAUUAUUUGCAACGUACAUCGCGCUAGGAAUCUGCCACCGGGGAAGGGAGGGAAACUGACGAUCCUUCUCCGUGGAAGCACAAGCAAUAAAAUGCAGGGAGAUCCGGAGUUGGGAUAGGUUGUGGUAUAAAGUAGUGAUCGCGACAAAAACUGCUUAUAUUUUAAAUACUAACCCGUAUGAGCAAAUGGGGGGGGGGGAUGAAAGUGUUCUGCAAGCUAACAGAUUGCAGGAGCGCGUGAAUGUUCGCGUGCCGGACUGUUGGUAGGAACUAAAUAUCUAGGUCAUUGUUGUCGCACUUAAUAGAGUCCCCCUGCGAGAAGGAGGAAGUCGUAUCCGUCUAGACUAUGCAAUUAGGGGGAAAUGGCCUUCAGAAAUGUGAAACAUUUUGAUUUAUGAGCCAUAGGUAGGAAAUAGCUGCAUAUGAGUUUAAGAUUAAAAAGGACUAAGGUGUGAGACUUUUCUUUCAGGACGGAUCGGAUUCUUCCUGCCUCUGAUGGACUAGUUUUAUAAGAUGAUCCGUCGUUCGCAGUAGGCGGCUCCAUUCGACAAUCCCAAAGUUUUACUGCAAAGAUAAUUUUGUAACAUGACCUCUGCAGCAGAGGAAAAAGAGCUUCAGGAGCGACUAAGAGAAGCCGCUGCUUUGGGGGAUGUUGAAGAAGUCCAGCGAUUGGUGGAAUGUGGCGUGAGUGUGAACUCUCAAAACGAAAUCAACGGCUGGACUUGCUUGCAUUGGGCCUGCAAACGGAACCAUGCUCAAGUGGUAUCAUACUUGCUACAUGCUGGCGCUGAUAAGGACGUUCUGACUGUUAAAGAAGAAACACCAGCCCAGUUAACAUCAAAGAGGGAAAUUAGGAAGAUGCUGGGAGUGGAAGAUGCUGAAGAGCUUCCGGAUGAGAAGAAAGAUUCUGCCUUGCCCAUUAUACCGAAUUACUUGGCUAACCCACCUUUCCCUUAUGUGUAUAACUCCAUGAGUAGCAGCACUACCAGCACCUCAGCUUCCUCUUUGAAUGGAAGACUUUCCCCUUCCUUAGAACAGCACAAUGAAGACUGCCCUCUUUCUUUACCUCAAGUUCAGGCACCUGGCACUACCAUGUUGCAAAAUGAAAAGCUUUCCUCUCUGGGGUCCAAUGGGAACAUGGCAAGGGCAAUGACAGCAGAAUCCCCAGAGCCUGCAGUCCAGAAUGGUCACGGUCACCAGAUGCCUCUUCCUCCAAACAGGACAUUCUCUUCUCCUGUUGCAUCUAAACAGCCUGAAACACAGCCACCAAAUGGUUCCUCUGCUGGACCUGUUCCAACAUUUCAGCCCUUUUUCUUCACCGGAACAUUUCCCCUUAGUAACAUGCAAGAACUGGUGCUUAAGGUCCGAGUUCAAAACCGUACUCUAAAAGAGAACGAUUUCAUUGAAAUUGAACUGGAUCGGCAAGAGCUGACUUACAAUGAAUUGCUCAGAGUAAGCUGCUGUGAGCUGGGGGUUAACCCGGAACACGUGGAGAAAAUUAGGAAGCUUCCAAAUACAGUAUUGAGAAAGGACAAAGAUGUAUCAAGGCUUCAGGAUUUCCAAGAACUGGAGCUGGUUUUGACGAUGAGUGAUAAUGACUUUCUGUUUAGAAAUGCUGCACCAACGUUAACUGAAAGGCCUUGUUACAAUAAGAAAGCAUCAAAGCUGACUUACUAGCUAUUCAAAUGAAAAACCUGUCAUUAGUAUUUAACAGUUAAACCUAGGAUUUUGCAAGGGCUAUAACCUCAGAUUCUACUACUUUACCUUGGAAGACAGAGUUAACCUAUAAAGCACACUUACUUGGAAGCAAGUUCUGCUGAAAACAUUUGGGCUUGUUCCUACUUAAGUGUCUUUAGGAUUAGAAUAUCCACUUAAGAGUAUCUGCAGUUUAUUUUUGAGUAAACUGGCAGUUAAGUAAUGUUUUUGGAUAGGAUACUAAGCAGCAACAGAUUAUUGCCUCUCUCUCCAUGCAGCAGUGUUUCUUGCUAGGAAAUCAUUACAUCUCUGAACACUGCAGAGUUAGAAGCUCUCAGGGAAAGACUUAAAUUAAAUUGCUCUAAUAAUUGCUACUUAUUAAAAAGAGCAGGAGCACUUACAUUGAAGGAGAGAACCCGGAACACAUUUAACACUUGUAAUUGGAUACUUAGCAUGCAGAGACUCCUAGUAUAACCAGUGUUAAAAUGUGUUAACUUGAGAAUAAGCUACUUUUGCAGGAGAAAGGGUAAGAGGAAGGAGAAACCAGGGCUCUCAAACAGUAGUUACACACUGGCCUGGUGCAGGAGUGGCCGUCUUGUGGCUCUCCACUUGUUGUUUGACUUCAAUUCCCAUCGUCCCUGCCUAUUGACUUAUCUAGCUUGGACUGAUGGGAUUUGGAGUCCAAGAGUCUCUGGAGGGUCACAGGUUAGUCACUCUGGCGAAGUGUUUCAAACCAAUGCGAAUACAGCAUCCUUUGGAGAAUGGCAUGUUGCAAAAUGUAAGUGGGAUAUAUCUCACCACUUAUGCAUGUUACGAAGAAUGUCAGUGUUGUUAGAGGCAGAACGGUAGCCCGAGAUGGUCCCUCUAGCCUCACUGCUACUAAUAGGACAAGCCACCUGUAAGCUUCCACAAGGGGAGAGGUCUGUACAGUUUGGAACUGACAAGCAGGGAAAGACUCUCCACCCCCCAGCGGUAUGCUGUGGCCUGGGAGACUGGACCAGUCAGGUCCAGAUGCCCAUUCCUUUGGGGAGGAAGGCUUAGGACUUCUGACACUUUAUUUGGCUGAGUUAAAACCGUCACCAGGUGGCUAAAUCAGCUGUGAUUUCUUCAAGAUGGUGCUCAGGUCAAAUAUUUGAACCUAUUUACUGUGUUAACCCAAGCUGUAAAUAUGUUGACCAAAACCGUUAUGGUGUGUUUCUAACUUAUUAUUCUUGCUUGCCAGUAAACAAUACAGAAUGGCUGGUAAUAUAUGUUGAUGAUUGGGGAUUAAAAAAAAUUAAUGUUGGUUUUUAGGAGUGAGAGGCUUCCAGAAGGAUGAUUAAGAAUGCAACUUGACUCCAGAGCCUGAUGCCACACAUGAAACAAGCACAAUCCCCUUUAGCCUCUUAUCCUAAUUAUCCUGUGAUCUUGAAACUAUUAACUAUUUAAAGGAAUCUUGUAGCAUUUUAAAUAGCAAAAAUUAUUUUUAAUACCAAGAUAAAUUAGUAAGAAAAUCUUGGCGUUUCUAUGCAUUUCUGACAGACUUGCUUGCAUCUCAUAUAGGCAUGCUCAGCUUUUCAUCUUCUUGCUAGUUCACUUUCUGUAUAAAUAGUCUGCUGUCAAGGCCUAGAAUUAAAGAGUCUGGGAAAGCAUGGAACAUAACAUUUUAAAAUAAACUAUAAUAUACCUAGUUUUAGGAUUAUGUGUACUAGUGAAGGGAUCUCAAUUACUGUACUAACUACAGCACAAUGAGUAUGUGCUUCAAGUUGGUUGGACUAGCCAGCUAGAUGAAUUAAUUAACAGGAAAAUAUUCAGCUGCUGAUCUCAGUGCCCCCAUGUCAGGCUCCUAAGUUUCAGUUUAGGGCAAACACCCAUGUGCUCUGUAACCCUAGCUUUGAGCCAUGGCUUUCUAAGCAAUGGCCCUGACUGAUAUUACAGAAUUACAAGCAGCUUUGAAGGGAAAUUUGUGUCCACAGUAAUGCAUUUGGAAUGGGUGGUAUUCAGCAACUUCCACUUGCUCAACAGGACUUUUCCCACUCGCCUCCACCAGAUGUGCUCCAGAGGGAUAGGUCAUUUCUCUGGAAUGAAGGUCCAUCACAUGGAUUGUAGCGCCACCGGUUACCCAAACGCCAGAAGGGCACUCAGAGUUGCAAGAAGUAGGUGUGCCAUAGUCCUCCUCAAGCUCAGUCCAACGCACAAUGAGAGCAAAGAAGGGCAAACAACAUAGAGAAGACAAAUGCACAGAGGACAAGCGGCUACAAACUGCUUCUUCAAGAAAAUAACAGGAGAGUGCAUAUAAAUGGUCUUAACAGAAAAUAUUGGAGGAACAUAUUGGAAGAAUGCAAGCAAGAUAAUUGAAGCAAACACAGAGAAACCCUUCCAUGGAUUAGGUAGCCACUCAGAAGGAUAUAGAUAGGGAGAGGAGGCUGUGAUGGAACUUCAUCUCAGAGAAGGGUCCUUCAGGUAAGGAACCAAUGUUCCCUUCUCCAUGUAAAAGAUGAAAACGGGUUCCAGUCGAAUAAUUGCUUUGUCCUUCUGAAAAAUGCAAAGGUGAUGAGUGAUGGAUAAGGCCCCCAGCUCAGAGCCCCAGGCUGUAGUGAUGACCACAAAGAAAAGGACCUUGGAUGAGAGAAACCAUAGGGAUACAGUCUUAAGAGGCACAAAGGGAAGAGACUGAGGAGCUUGCAAAACCUUUUGGGGGCUUGAGGGAAAGCAGUGGACUGCAAAAGGAUCUGACAGAGCAGGUCCCUUCAGAAAACACUGUAGAAAAGGAUGAGAACCAAUGGAGGAGGAUGUUUAGGUGGACAGGGCUGAAGAAAUGGCACAAACCAAAGGACCUGAGGAGGUGAACUUUGGCACGGAGGAGAGACAGAAUGCAGCAGCUGGGAAAGGCAGACCUUGGCAGCUGGGGACCACAAAAAAAUGAACAGCAGGGUUGGGAGAACAAGCAGCUGUGGCCAAGGAGAGCAAGUGGCUGUGGCCAGGGAGAAUGAACGACUGGUCAGGAAGGACAAGUAGCUGAGGCCAGAAAGCUGUGGCUGGAAAGGGCAAUUGGCAAUAGCCAGGCGAAUAGAUGGCAGCGACUGGAGGGGGAAAAGGGAAAAGCAAAGCAAAAUCUACUGGAAAAUAGAGGGAAGCAGGAGGAAAACUGGAGACAGAAGAAUCAAAGGACAGAAAAUUGGAUUUUUUGAGGGGGAAUCAGAGGAAACAAUGGAAGAUGAAGGUUAGUAAAGGCAUGGAAAGUCAUGGAGGUGAAGCUAGGAAAGACUACAGCUUCAAAUGUCGGCAGGAAAUAGACUAGGGUUGAGGAGGGCUUAGCCACACCUACUUUGUGUAACUUUGAGUAGAUGUGCUACCUUCAGAUGACCAGUGGUGUGAUGGACCUUCAUGCUCUUUUUAGAUGCUUUAAAUUGAGCCAGGCUGGAAAGAAGUGCUGUUCUGUGCACUUGCAAAUUCCAGAAACCUGGAUUUUAUUUUGCUUUUCCAAGAGACCUAUUUAUCACAACGGGAUGCAAAGAAUGGUGCCACUAAGGGGGUCGCUAUUGCUUUGCAUUAUUUGCCAGAGGCAAACUGUGUGAGUGGAGCAUCUAACAACAUAUUAAGCCCCUUCCUCAGUCCUGUAGUUCCCAAGAUGAUAACUCAACCGUAGCUUACUACUCAAACACUAUGUUUUUCAUCUCAACUCACAUCUUUUACAAAGGAAUUUAAUGUUAUUCAGCUUCAGUGGCCCACACUGGUCACAUGUCCUAGUUAAGCUAGGGCUUAAAAGCUUCACUGUGAUUAAUGGGUUGUACCCAGUGGUUGCACAAAUGGAAAACAGCUUUUUUCAGCCUGGGGGCCACAAUCCCUUCUGUGGGAGCCACAUACCAGUGGUGGGAGGAGCCAGGGGCAAAAGUGGGUGGUUCAAUGAAUGUAGAAGCACAGUUCAAGGAUACAUUAUAGGAUCCAGAGAAGUGUGGGGCCUGGGGGAAGUUUGUGGUAUGAGAUUUCCAAGGGUCCCAGGCCUAAACAAUACAUAGUUUGCCUGAAUUAUUCCAAGCAAAACUAUUGCUGUCACUAAAUGCCUGGGUAGAUACCAUAAUAUUUCAGUGCAUUUAUAACUGACAGGUAAAGCAGUUAUUUGACUAAAGCAUUUAACUGUUUAAUAGCUAACCAAUUUAAGCUACUGUAUGCUGAGGACAACCCCCUGAACUACCGUACUUUAUCCCUUUAAACAGUGGCCAAAUUGAGUCAUCAGUUCCUUGCAAGAGCCAAGAAACCCAGACUCGGUUCUUUAGGCUCAUUAUCCCUGGUGACCACGGGUCACAGCUCCACAGAGGAAACAAAAGUGUUUUGUGACAAUCCAGGAUAGUUAGCACGGGUCUAACAUGCUCGCACAGUGCCGUCUCAAGGUAACAAUUCCCAGCAUAAGACUCACUGGAACUUUAUAGUGCAAGCAAGCUUUUAGUUGUCCUGAGUCGUUUCAUUGCCUAAUUGUAGAGAGCCAAGAUAUCCCUCUGCCUGAUCCAGGACUUAAUGCACUGACAUGUCCAAUGCCACCUGGAAUGUGAAUUUUGAACUCCUGUAGGCCUUAAAACAUUAGCACAGGGUUUAGAAAAUGCUUACUUUCAAUGGAGCACUGUGGCAGCACAUCGUUUUUGUGGUACAGCCUAAGUCAGAGGCUGCCAAUGUGGCACUAGUGGGCCCCACUGUACCCGCCAACACCUCCUAAGGGUCCCCAAAAGUUCUCAGUAAAUAUUCCCUCAAAACAUGGAAGACUCUGCUCUUCCUGCUCAGUUCCUAUUCGCACCGAAUCAGCCUGUCCUAUAUUUAAACCCCGCCCCCUUAAGCAUGCCCACAUUUCACCCAGUUCCCAGAUUGGACACUCCCGUCUCUUCGAUUCUGAACAGAGGAGUGGCUCAUUCUGUGAGUGAGGUGGCUGAUAGAGGAGCCACUGAUGGGGGAGAUGGAGCAGCAACAUUUUGUGGUCCAAACUUCUUAUGCUCUUUUUGAUGCAACAGCUACUUGAUGUUAUGCCACACUCUCACGGUGAUCAUGUUGCGACUAGUACCCAUGUCACUUUCUAAAAAUUCCAAAUGUGCCCACUGGUCCAAAAAGGUUGGUGCCCAUAGCUGCCAAGUUUUCCCUUUUCUCGCGAGGAAGCCUAUUCAGCAUAAUGGAAAAUCCCUUAAAAAAAGGGAUAACUUGGCAGCUAUGUUGGUGCCCCCUGACCCGAGUUCUGGAGACAAAGCCAUUGGCAGCAUAUUAUAUUACUGUGACUCCUUGUUAGGGUUUAUUCAGUCUUGCCAUAAAAUUAAUGCAUUGAGAGAAAUGAAAAUAUCGCCACUGACCGUGUUCCAGGGUAUCCGCAUUUUCUGACAGGUGCCAGGUCAGGAUUUGCACAACGUAUUUAAGGUGGCAGUUCUCCCUAUCCCCUUUUGAUUUUAAGUGUGUGCCUAAAAUCAACACACACAGUCAGCUUCUCUGGAAGUGCUUGAAGGGAAAUGUGCAAGGUUCUUAGAAGAGGAAGGCCACAAUCCAAUAUGAAGUCAGUGGGUGUGCCCCAGACUGCUGGAUCAUGGCUGCAAUGCUUUUGGGCUUCUCAUUGAGAAGCAGAUAUCCACUGGCAUCCACGGGUAUCCAGUAUGUGGGUAAACAAAUUGGCAUGCUCUAUUAAUUAGCCAUAGUAUUAAUUAACAUAUUACAAGUCUGUUGAUUAUACUGCACAGUUGCUGGCAUCUUUCUAUGCACUCAGAGGAAUAUUUUUAUAUUGUAUAACUUAUGCAAUUUAUAACAGAGGAUUUUAUUAGUGUUGCUAACCAAAUUAUUAACCUAAUAAUAACUGUGUGGUACUUUAUGACAUCAGUGGAAAUAAAAGAUUCAGAACUUUAUUACUACACUGAAAAAAACCAUGGUUAAAAAUGAAGAAUUAACCAAAUGAUUUAGGUUUGAGUUUCUUAUUUCCUAUAUGUUGUGCCCUUUUUACAAUUAAUAAAAGUUUGUUGCUUUUAAAAUGGGAGAUUUUGGUUUGUUUUUAAAUAUAUAUUUUUUCUCAAAAGGAUGCUCGUUGUAAGCUUUCUAUGUAAUGAGAAAUUAGCUGUCCUGGCUGAAAGUUAAAAUUCUGAAUGAACAUUUUGCCUUAGCAGGGGUCAGCAAACAAUUUCAGCAGGGGGCCGGUCCGCUGUCCCUCAGACCUUGUGGGGGGCCAGA